AUGGAUUCUCCGCGGGUGGACUCUGCCCUGUCCUCAACAUUCAGCUCAGUCUGCCGCCAGGAUCUCAAGUUUCCUCUUUCGGCUCAAGAACUUCACACAAACCUUCUUUUCUCCUUGUUUGCGACGUGGUUACAAUGUGAAGAAAUGGCCGGGACAAGCUCUGAUUGGGUGGAGAUUCUGGAGCCACGCUCUCGUGAGAGGAUGUAUGUGAACCUGAUCACUGGCGAGUGUGGCUGGGAGCCUCCCUCUGGAGUACCUGUUCGUCAGGCUGAUGGGAACCAGUGGUGGGAACUGUUUGAUCCCAAUAGUGGACGUUUUUACUACUACAAUUCCACCGGCCGCCGCACUGUGUGGCACCAGCCUCAGGGAGCAGACAUUGUACCACUGUCUCAGUUACAAGCCAUGAAGCGCAGCAAAGAGGCCAAGAAAGCUGGAGCUCUGGACAGAGCCCAGCAUGACACCACAGGCAGCAUCAGCAGCAUGGGGAGCCAGGACCGCAGCAAGCCUCUGUCAGAGGAGGAUAGAGACCCCCUGGCCAAUAGUCUGAACACCCAAGAUGAAUGCUCCCAUCCUGAGCUUGACCCUUCAGUGGACCGUCGGUCACAAGGGGACGGCAGCAGUGUGGAGCUCAACUCUGAGAGCGGCAAAGACACACAAAGAGAUGGUCUUCAGAGAUGGCAGCCUGCACCUGGCUCUAAAGCAGCUAUGUUGGUGAAGGUGAACAGCAUGAGCCGAGGUCAGGCCAUGCAGCAGCAGCAGUUCCUUCAACUCAGCGGCUCGGGCAAGACCAACACCUUAAUCAUACACACCGCAAACAGCAAGCAAGGAGGACACUCGGCACAGGGCUAUAAAACUGCUCCUUCUGGCAAAUCAGGAAUAGAUGCACGGCACGCUCAUCACCUGAGGAAAGCCAGCAAUGGAAGCUUCUGUUUGGUUGCAGAUGGUGGUCAUCCUAGUCCCCGGCUGCAUCGCUCACAGACCAGUACCCCUCGCCCUGUUUCCCCUCAGUACAACUACUCCACCCCGAUCUAUGAUGAGCCAGUAACUGAAUGUCCCAUUUAUGAUGAACCUCCCAUGGACAUGGAGAUAGAGGGUGCUCAUCUCUACAAUGGACAGCAAUUGUCCCAUCUGACACCCACUCAGAGCCUGCAAAAACCGAAGUUUUUACAGCAUCCUACACCUGGUUCCAGACACCGGAGGAACCCCUCCUGCUCAGACUACAGUCCAGCUGGACUUGAGUGCAUCAAACACAUGGUCAAUAUUGACCCAAAGCAAGGACCUGCAACUAGCUCCCCUGUACCCACACGUACCCCUUCCCCUACUUCUAGACAGGAGCCUCUGGUACCCCAGACCCAUCCCCAGUCAAGAGGACAGGUACGAGAAAGGGAGGCCACCCAGGCUCCCAAUACACUGGACAAAAAGCAGAACUGGAGAGUCCUGGAGGCGACAGUUCAGCGUGCUAUGGAUGCUCGUCACAGCCGCCAAAGCAGCCAGGCCUCUCAGGACUUCCCUUCAUCAACACCCCAGCCCACAGCCAACUACCAGGACUCUGGUUACUCUACUGGGCCCUCCCCCAGUCUGAGGAGGAAAAGUCGGAGGAGAGUUGGACCUGGGGCUGUAGCUGGAGGUAGACCAGGCUCAGUUGGAAGCACUGGUGAGCUGUGCGCCCAUGAGAAGCUGAUGGCUGAGAUGAGAGAGGUGGUCAGUCGCUCCAACACCAUGAGGGAGGUACGUGCAGGGCUAGACCCCCAGGACAUGGUGGACAGAGGAGUCAUUCCACGCACACGCUCCCCUGCAAACUCUCUGCGGUGGUAUGGAGAUAGUACAGGGGGAUCAGGAAGGUCAACCUCACGAGAGGACCUCGCUUCAGCACCCAGAUCUUUAGGAAGAGGAAUCCCCGCUCUGAGCCCUUUGGAGAUGCCUGGGAGACAGAAGAGAACCUAUGAGAAAGUGGAUACACUGGAGACUACUGUGACCAGCCAAACCAGUUUGUCUUCCCCUGAGACCCCAGGACCCCCAUCUCAGGUGGGAACUCUUGAGCUUUCAACCACACUGGACGGUCACAAGAAAGGCAUGGCAGAUGGACGCACUGCUUCCUUAGGCCCUCACCGCACAGAAGGGGGAAAGGGAGCCGUCUCAGAUGGAGGAAGAGGAAUUCGGAUGUCCUACCAGCUUGCCUACGCCACCCUGCGACAACCCCCGCCCCCAGAGGUGGGCAUGGAGGACUGGGCCAGCAAACACCUCAACAUGCACACCCAAGGCCUGUUUCGGAGGCGCGUGUCCAUCGCCAACAUGCUCUCAUGGAACCGAGGCUCCAUCAAAAAGCCCAUGCUUGUCACCAGCAACCGCACCGUCCGCAAAGAGGCCUGUGAGAUGUUCAAACUGGUCCAGGCCUUCAUGGGGGACCGGCCCUCUCGCCUGGACCGUAGACACAGCGCACUGUUGAUUGUCACAAAGUGCUGGGACCUGCCGGGACUGAGAGACGAGCUCUAUGUGCAGCUGGUGAGACAGACCACGGGGAAUGGGAGUCCCAGGAGUCUCGCAGCGGGCUGGGAGCUGAUGGCGGUCAGCUUGGCCUUCUUUGCACCGUCGCCAAAGUUCCGCUGUUACCUGGAGGGCUACAUCCAGAGGCACACGGAACCUAUCAGCGACAAGAAAUGUGAGUCUCACAUUGAGCUACACGUGACUCAGUUCAUCCUGGACCAACAAGAUCUGAAACUGAAGAAGAACUCAAAAUCCAGAAAGAAGAGAAAGCAAAGCACUGAUGAGGAGGACGAAGGUCUAGCUAUUAGCACUUAUGCAAAGUUUUGCCAUCGGAAGCUUCAGAAAGUCGCCAUCACGGGUGGGAAAAAGGGCCUACGGAAGCCGACCCUAGAGGAGAUCGACCACAGCAGACGAGCCAUAGUUACCCCUUCAUUGUUUGGCAGCUCUCUGGAGGAGGUUAUGGAGAGGCAGAGUGAGCUGUUCCCAGACAGGAAACUACCAUGGGUGCAAGUUCAGCUCUCCCAGUAUGUCCUGGGGCUGGGCGGCGCUCAGACAGAGGGCAUCUUUAGAGUGCCUGGAGACAUUGACGAGGUGAAUGCCCUGAAGCUUCAGGUCGACCAGUGGAGGAUUCCAGAGAAUCUAUCAGACCCUAAUGUUCCUGCCUCCCUAAUGAAGCUGUGGUAUCGAGAGCUGGAGGAGCCACUCAUCCCAAUGGACUUUUACAAGCAGUGCAUCAGUAACUGUGACGACCCAGGGGCGGCCAUCACCGUGGUCCAGUCUCUGCCUGAGCUCAAUAGGCUCGUCCUCUGUUACUUCAUCAAUUUUCUUCAGGUUUUUGCUCAACCAUCCAAUGUUUCCAUCACCAAAAUGGACGUGAAUAACUUGGCUAUGGUGAUGGCUCCUAACUGCCUGCGCUGCCAGUCUGACGACCCACGAAUCAUCUUUGAGAACACUCGCAAAGAGAUGGCUUUCCUGAGAAUGCUCAUCGUUCAUCUGGACACAAGCUUCAUUGAAGGACGCGCGCCGGUGGAGCAGUCACACCACGGCGGAGAGAAAUUUAACUGCGUGGCCCGGAGCAGGCGCGGGACAAGCCGAUUCUGGGCUUUUCACUGGAAUUAUUCUGCUUUAUUUGGACUCACACCUUCGCACACGCACUGGGGACAAGGAAGCAGAAAUCAUACUGAUGUGGCCAGUAUGAAUAAGACACCCCCUAACAGAAGAGGGAUUACAUUUGAGGUGGGGGCUCAGCUAGAGGCUAGAGACAGCCUCAAGAACUGGUAUCCAGCAAACAUAGAAAAGAUUGAUUAUGAAGACGAAAAAGUGCUUAUCCAUUAUCGGCAGUGGAGCCAUCGUUAUGACGAGUGGUUUGACUGGACUAGCCCAUAUUUACGCCCUGUAGAGCGGGUCCAGCUAAGGCGACGGGGCCAAAACAGUGACGGCUCUAUGCCUGGGUUUCAUGUGAAUGACAAGGUUCUUGCGAGCUGGUCUGAUUGUCGAUUCUAUCCGGCCAAGGUAACAACCGUCAACAACGAUGGUUCCUAUACAGUAAAAUUCUACGACGGUGUUGUCCAGACAGUAAAGGGAAUACACGUGAAACCCUUUAUUAAAGAAAGGGGGGUUGGGAGGCCCAGGUCGGGAGACAGGAUGGUAAGGAGUGGUCCAAACCGCAGGGACAGGAAGUCUCACCAAAACGGAGGCCCAAAGAUGAAGCAUGCCAGACGCAGCACUUCAGAUCAGGAGGACGACAGCAGUGAAGAGGAAGAUCAUGUGGAGCAGAUGAAAGCAAAUGGGGAUAUUGAGUCGUCAUCUUGUCAUGAACAAAAUGAUGUGUCCAACCAUAACGGAGACACAGAACUGUCUAAUGGAGUCAAGAUGGAAAGUGACACGUGUGAUUUCAAUGGAGAAAUUGCAAACGAGGAAGGACUCUCUGAACAAAGAACAAAGCCAUACUCUGACUUUUCAAAGCCAUAUACAGACUCUAAUGACAUUUCCACACUGACGGAGACAGGUUCCAUUACUAUGACGACCGCACAAGCCAAUGGCGAUGCGGAAGAGAAGCCAGUCGGUCAAACGGAGAGCACGCAGUACCCAGUAGACGUGCCAACUCUUCAACCUGCUAAACCUAUCAGAAAGCAGGGUUUCCACAACCCCAACAGGUUCAGCAGAGAACCAUUGUACAGAGUUAUCAAAAACCAACCUCCUCCCGUCUUGUCCAUCAACCUUGACCACAAUCCUUUUAAGUGCAGCGCGCCUGGGUGCUCAAAGUCAUUCCGAAAAGCCAAGCUUCUGCACUAUCACAUGAAAUAUUAUCAUGGGGAAGAGCAGCUUCCAGAGCUGGAGCGUGGCUCGCUCCGAAACGUCCACACCAGAACAGAGGAUAAACCCACCGCUGUCUUUGAAGGUCCCAAAAGAAGGCGCACAAUCUCUGCCACAAUGCAAUCUGUAGGAAUGGUUACUGGCCCUAAGGCAGGAGGCAGACGAACCUCUGCUCCACCGGCUGUUAACGCCCAAGCGCAUCACCAAAGAGCGCUGCUGAGGGAAAAGAGCAAAGAAAACCAACUGGAUAGAAAUGUAUUUCAGCCUGACAAAGAUGACAAAUCAGCCUUUGAUAUGGGCUCGGUUAAAGACAAAUUUAGGGAAAAACCGAAACAAAAAGACUUUCUUCGAAUUAAAUUGAAAAAGAGAAAGAAAAAAAAGAAGGCGAUGUCUGACUACACGGGUAGUGAGGAGAAUAUUGACUUAUUGGGUCAUCAGGCCAAAUUGAAUUUGACGCUCAAAAGCCCCCACACACACAUUCAAAACCCUGAGACCUGGCCGCGCAGGCCUGGAAAGGCCUUGUCAGAGCAGAUACAGGAGGAUGAUGAGGAUAGUUUAAGUGACUGGUCAACGGACAGUUGUGGGUGGACUGAUGAUGACUUCGAAGAUCUGGACGUCACCACCCCACCCCUCAGCAUCGACUCUGGAGCUGUAGACACAGGUGACCAAGAAAUAGUACGCUGCAUCUGUGAGGUGGAGGAGGAGAAUGACUUCAUGAUCCAGUGUGAAGAGUGCCUGUGCUGGCAGCAUGGCACCUGCAUGGGGUUACUUGAGGACAAUGUCCCAGACAUAUAUACCUGCUAUAUUUGCAGAGAUCCUCCAGGUCAGAGACUGAGCCAGCGCUAUUGGUAUGAACGCGAGUGGUUGAGCAAUGGUCAUAUGUUUGGCCUUUCAUUCCUGGGAGAGAACUACUCUCGUCAGAAUGCUAAAAAAAUCACUAGCACUCAUCAGCUGUUAGGAGAUGUGCACCAUGUGCUGGAGAUGCUUAAUGGCCUACGGCUCAAAAUGAGUGUUUUACAGGACAACAGCCACUCUGAUCUGCAGCUGUGGCGCCAGCCCUGGAAACAGGCGGAAAGGACACGUUUUCACACAGACUCUGAUUCAUGUCGAGGCAGUGAUCUGGCUCCUUCUCCAGCCGCUCCUGACGAGGAUCUGAGCCGAGGAGAAGGCCUCAUAUCAAACGCCCUGGAGAAGCUGAGUCGGGCCACCACAGCCCACAACUCCUCCUCAUCCUGCUCCUCCUCCCCAUUCCCCUCUUUUCAGGACUCUUACAUUACCAGUGACCACUGUUACCAAAAACCAAGAGCCUACUACCCGGCUGUGGAGCAAAGACUCGUAGUGGAAACUCGACAAGCCUCAGAAGUAGACGGAAACCUGAGAAAUACUGAGGAGCUAUUGGAGCCGGAACAGCGUUACAGGAGUCUGCUGCCUGAUUCAGAGAAACCCAAGACAGCAUCCACCUGCAAUAAGGUUGGUAACACCUGGUCACAAGAAGUAAAGGAAGAGCGGAAGCAUGCGGAGGACAACAGCCAGCACCAUCAGCAGUGGCAACUCAACUUGCUCGAUCACAUUGAUGCUGUCCAAGAUCAGGUUUCUUAUAGAAUGGACUUCAUCGAAAGGGAACUUGAUGUGUUGGAGAGCUGGCUGGACUACACUGUUAAGCAAGAUUCAGCAGGGAUCACAUUCUUCAUCACAAGACUGAGAUUGUCAGCAAUUUUCCUGAAGUUUUUGCAUGAUUGA